AUGGAGCCGUGGAAGCAGUGCGCUCAGUGGCUCAUCCACUGCAAAGUGCUGCCGGCCAACCACCGGGUGACCUGGGACUCGGCGCAGGUGUUCGACCUGGCGCAGACCCUCCGCGAUGGAGUCCUGCUCUGUCAGCUGCUCAACAACCUACGGGCACACUCCAUCAACCUGAAAGAGAUCAACCUGAGGCCGCAGAUGUCCCAGUUUCUCUGUCUGAAGAAUAUCCGGACAUUUCUGUCAGCCUGCUGUGAGACCUUUGGAAUGAGGAAAAGCGAACUUUUUGAAGCGUUUGACCUGUUUGAUGUUCGUGACUUUGGAAAGGUUAUAGAAACGUUAUCUCGGUUAUCCCGCACACCAAUAGCGUUGGCCACAGGAAUCAGGCCCUUUCCUACAGAAGAAAGCGUGAAUGAUGAAGACAUCUACAAAGUCCUUCCUGACUUAAUAGAUGAAACCCGCGUGGAGGACGAAGAAGACCUCUAUGACUGUGUGUACGGCGAGGAUGAAGGCGGAGAAGUCUACGAGGACUUGAUGAAGGCAGAGGAAGCUCAGCAACCUAAAUCACAAGAAAAUGAUAUACGGAGUUGUUGCCUAGCAGAAAUUAAGCAGACAGAAGAAAAAUAUACAGAAACUUUGGAGUCAAUAGAAAAAUAUUUUAUGGCACCAUUGAAAAGAUUCUUGACGUCGGCAGAAUUUGACUCGGUAUUCAUCAAUAUCCCUGACCUCGUGAAAGUUCAUCGGAGCUUAAUGCAAGAGAUUCACGAUUCCAUUGUAAAUAAAGAUGACCAGAACUUGUAUCAAGUUUUUAUUAACUACAAGGAAAGAUUGGUUAUUUAUGGACAGUACUGCAGCGGGGUGGAGACAGCCAUCUGUAACUUAGACUACAUCUCUAAGACGAAGGAAGACGUCAAACUGAAAUUGGAGGAAUGUUCAAAGAGAGCAAACAAUGGGAAGUUCACUCUUCGCGAUUUGCUGGUCGUCCCCAUGCAGCGUGUGCUGAAGUACCACCUCCUUCUUCAGGAGCUGGUCAAACACACCCAUGAUCCUACUGAGAAGGCAAACCUGAAAUUGGCUCUGGAUGCAAUGAAGGACUUGGCACAAUAUGUGAACGAAGUGAAAAGAGAUAAUGAGACCCUUCGUGAGAUCAAGCAGUUUCAGCUGUCUAUAGAAAAUCUGAACCAACCAGUUUUGCUCUUUGGGCGACCUCAGGGAGAUGGUGAAAUCCGAAUCACCACACUGGACAAGCAUACAAAGCAAGAAAGGCAUAUCUUCUUAUUCGAUUUGGCAGUGAUUGUGUGUAAGAGGAAAGGGGAUAACUAUGAGAUGAAGGAAAUAAUAGAUCUGCAGCAGUACAAGAUAGCCAACAAUCCUACCACUGACAAGGAAAAUAAAAAGUGGUCUUAUGGCUUCUACCUCAUCCAUACCCAAGGACAAAACGGGUUAGAAUUUUAUUGCAAAACAAAAGAUUUAAAGAAAAAGUGGCUGGAACAGUUUGAAAUGGCUUUAUCUAACAUAAGGCCAGAUUAUGCAGACUCCAAUUUCCACGACUUCAAGAUGCACACCUUCACCAGGGUGACGUCCUGCAAAGUCUGUCAGAUGCUCCUGAGGGGAACAUUUUAUCAAGGCUAUUUAUGCUUUAAGUGUGGAGCAAGGGCACACAAAGAAUGUUUGGGAAGAGUAGACAAUUGUGGCAGAGUUAAUUCCAUUGAACAAGGGCCAUUCAAACCACCAGAGAAACGGACCAAUGGACUCCGGCGAGCUUCCAGACAGGUGGACCCAGGUUUGCCAAAGAUGCAAGUCAUUAGGAACUACACUGGGACCCCACCCCCAGCUCUCCACGAAGGACCACCAUUGCAUAUCCAGGCGGGAGACACUGUGGAACUGCUGAGAGGCGAUGCACACAGUGCAUUUUGGCAGGGACGAAAUUUAGCUUCAGGAGAAGUUGGAUUUUUCCCAAGUGAUGCUGUCAAACCAUCUCCUUGUGUACCUAAACCAGUAGAUUAUUCUUGCCAACCCUGGUAUGCUGGACCAAUGGAAAGAUUGCAGGCAGAGACUGAACUUAUUAACAGGGUGAAUAGUACUUACCUUGUGAGGCACAGGACCAAGGAGUCUGGAGAAUAUGCAAUUAGCAUUAAGUACAAUAAUGAAGCAAAACACAUCAAGAUUUUAACAAGAGAUGGCUUUUUUCACAUUGCAGAAAAUAGAAAAUUUAAAAGCUUAAUGGAACUUGUGGAGUAUUACAAGCACCAUUCUCUCAAAGAAGGGUUCAGGACCUUAGACACGACGCUACAGUUUCCUUACAAGGAGCCAGAGCAUUCAGCGGGACAGAGGGGUAAUAGAACAGGCAACAGCUUGCUAAGUCCCAAAGUCCUGGGCAUUGCCAUCGCUCGCUAUGACUUCUGUGCAAGAGACAUGCGGGAACUCUCCUUAUUGAAAGGGGACGUGGUGAAGAUUUACACAAAGAUGAGUGCCAAUGGCUGGUGGAGAGGAGAAGUAAAUGGCAGGGUGGGCUGGUUUCCAUCCACGUACGUGGAGGAGGAUGAGUAAAAGCCCAGUCAGCGCUGCACCCUGCACCAAAAUCUCACAGCAGGGAUAAACAGAAGCCUGCGCUGCAUUAUGAGUUCACUGGAG